AUCUGCGUUGUUUCUAGAUAUCUUUUGAUGAGGUUUUGCAAAAAUUAAAUCAAUUUCAGAAAGCCUGCAAUAGAGUAGAUGAGUAUGAAUUCCCAUUCCCAGUUCAAUAGAUUACCUUAUUGUGACAGUGGUAUGAAAUUUCAAAAUGGGUGCAUUCUGUCUCAUCCAACUCAGUACCAAAACGCUGAGAUUCCAAGCGGUUUCCAAUUCAAUGAUCAAUCCAUAGGGUUUAAAUCCAUGGAUGCCCCAUUUGUAGCUUCUUUUGGUUUCAGUAAUAAUUCUAGCAUGGAUAAAGAGUGGGAUUCUAGUUCUCCCUCUGAUGACACUUACUUGGAAGACACUAUUCUCAAGUGCAUAAGCCAGGAGCUUAUGAAAGAGAACAUGGAAGAAAAGUCCUGUAUGUCUCACGAUGCAUUAGCUCUUCACGCUACAGAGAAAUCUCUGUAUGAAGUUCUUGGCCAGAACUACCCUCUUAUUCAUCCAACCCAAACCCAAACUUCUUAUCAAGGUGCUCAAAACCUAGUAGGUUGUUUUUCAGGUACCUUCAAUGUUCAUAAUGGAUAUGGCAGUUAUAGUUACGAUACUAGCCGCCGGAUUGAUCCACCAUUGGAUGGUGAUCUUUUGGGAAAUAAUAGUAGAUCAUCUUUCUUGGAAACAUCUGCUGCUGCAAACUCUGUUUUUCAAUCAACUUCAAAAUUUAGAUUAGCAUCAUCAUCACUCAUCUCUGAAAACAAUUUCCCUAACAUUCGUAAUAGAGUGUUAGGUUCAUCUGUUGGUGAGUUUGUGAUUCCAAAUUAUAUCAGCGAUAGUGAAUUGGUAUGGCAAUUCAACAAAGGAGUAGAGGAAGCUCGAAAGUUCCUUCCUAAAGUUAAUUCGCUAAUUAUUGAUGUGGAAAACAUUGCAUCAGCACCAGAAUUAUGGAAGGAAGAGACUUCCAAGACGAUUGUUAAUGCAGAGCAAGAAGAAAGGGAGCGUCCGCCUAAUCAAUUGACAGGAAAGAAGAAACAUGAGCGAGAAGAUGAAGAUUUAGAAGAAGGAAGGAGCAACAAACAGUCGGCAGGUUCUGCGGAUGAGAUUGAGAAUGAGCUGUUAGACUUGUUAGAUAAGGUGACACUCUGUGGUUGCAAAACAAAGCACCGUCCUACUUGCAUUCUCAAUCAUCCUUUGCAGGAUGUGGAAAGUAAGACGUCGCAGCUGAAGGAGCAGACAAAUGGAUUUACUGCUGUUGGGAAGGCUCGUGGCAAGAAACAAGGAGAUAAGGAGGACGUAGUUGACUUGAGGACCCUCCUGAUUUCAUGUGCAAAAGCUGUCUCAUCUAAUGAUCUCAGGACUGCUAAUGAGCAACUUAAGCAGAUCAGGGAGCAUUCUUCACAGGUUGGUGAUUGGUAUCAGAGAUUAGCUCAUUUCUUUGGUGAAGCCCUUGAAGCGCGCAUUGCUGGAAUUGGAAAUCAGAUCUAUACUGAUUUAUCUUCCAAAACAAAAUCAGCUGCAGAUAUUCUGAGAGUUUAUCAACUCUAUAUUUCGACCUGUCCCUUCCAGAAGUAUGCAAUUGUCUGUGCAAACCGCAGUAUUUUGGAGUUCGUCAAGGAAAAGAAAGCAACAACACUCCAUAUUAUUGACUUCGGCAUUCUCUAUGGUUUUCAGUGGCCUGUUUUCAUCUUGCGCUUGUCAAAGCUGCCUGGGGGUCCUCCAAAACUACGUAUUACAGGGAUAGAUUUUCCCCAACGUGGCUUGCGUCCAUCUGGAGCUGUGGAGGAGACAGGGCGUCGCCUGGCAAAGUACUGUGAACGAUUUAAUGUUCCAUUUGAGUAUAAUGCCAUAGCACAGAAGUGGGAGACUAUAAAAUUUGAGGACCUCAAGAUUAGGCCCAAUGAGUUUGUUGCUGUUAACAGUCUCAACCGGUUUAAGAACCUAUUUGAUGAGACAGUUGCGGUGAACAAUCCAAGGGAUGCUGUUCUCAAGUUAAUUAGGAAGAUAAAUCCAGAUAUUUUUGUACACGCCAUUGUGAAUGGAAACCACAAUGCCCCUUUCUUUUUCACACGGUUCAAGGAGGCAAUCUUUGAUUACUCUGCCCUGCUUGAUAUGUGUGAUACAAUUAUCCCACGAGAAGAUCAAGUGAGGUUGAUGCUUGAGAAAGAGUACUGGGGGCGUCAAGUAAUGAAUGUUGUGGCAUGUGAGGGCACCAAGAGAACAGAGAGGGCUGAGACCUAUAAGCAGUGGCAUGCCCGGACCGUGAGGGCUGGGUUCAGGCAGCGUCCUCUGAACCCUGAUUUGAUGAAGCAAUUGAAAUAUAGGGUGAAACAGGAAUACCACAAUGAUUUUUUUGUGGAACAGGAUGGCCAAUGGUUGCUGCAAGGUUGGAAGGGUCGAAUUCUCUUUGCAUCCUCUGUAUGGCAAGCAGCAUAGGCCGGACUCAAGGAGUCAGGUGGAAUCAAUAUCAGCUUGCUAUUUUUCUUGUCUUCUGCAAAACCCGUAGGUUUAUCAUGACUUGCAAACUUAGCUUCCUAUUAAUAAUGUUCAAAUUUCUUGUGCACUCCACAGAUUUGGCAUAGCUCUGAGCCGUAUUCCUUAUUUGUACAUUUGUCAAUGAGAUUUUGACAAUCAACCACCUUAUUGUUC